ACGAUCUGAACCACGUACGUUUUGCAACAGACUUAAAAUGAUUUAGUAAAUAAGUGACUGUAACUAAAGAAUCAACGUUUUUUCUCUUUUCUUUUUUGUCAAUUUCUUUGAAAUGGGAUGUGAUUUACCAACUGUCAAAUACGCGGUCUUCCUAUUCAAUACAAUUAGUGCGAUACUUGGUAUUGGGGCCAUAGUGGUUAGUACUAAGGCAUUGGAUAACUAUGACGAAGAUGGACGUAUGAUUUGUAUUUUCUUGAUCGUAUUGGGAUCUAUUGUUUUCAUAAUUUCGUUCCUUGGUUGCUGCGGUGUCAUUCGGGAAAAUAUCUGUUUAACAUGGACGUAUGCGCUCUGUUUGUUGCUUUUGGUUAUUGGAAAUGCCAUUAUUUUAUUUGGCUUUAUUACGCAUAUAGAUGGUGAGUCUGAAGCUCGCAAGGAAAUUAAUAAAGCCUGGGCAAAGCAAUUGAACGGUGACGAUGCCAUGUAUAAAUAUCAGACCAAUUUGAAGUGUUGUGGUAUAAACAACUCUACCGAUUAUAUUAAUGCCAAUUUAACAAUUCCCAAUAGUUGUUUCGUUGGUGGCGAUUAUGACAAAUCGAAAAUAGUUUACUCCGAAGGUUGUCUAGAGCUUUUGAUUGUCCUCUAUGAAGCCGCCGAACACUGGAUUACAAUUUUCUCUUGGUCUAGUUUCUGUACCGAGGUGGUUGCAUUUAUAUCGGCUUGUGUUUUGGCCAUAACAUUUAGAAAUCAACAGCGUAGAGCUAGAUAUUAGUGAUGUAAUUUAGAAAUAAGUUUAAUUGAUUAUUUGAAAGUUUUAAAAUGUUUUUAUAAAUACUACUUUUAAUACAAGUAUUAAUUCUUUACAAUAAAACGAUAUUGAUAAUAUAUGUAA